AGAUCCUGAGGAACCAGCCGGCCAGAUUUAAGAGCUACGCUGAGCUGACCAUCAUGAAGAUUCUGGAAGCUCACAAGGAUGUACAGAAAGAGGUUGUCCGUGCUGCAGAGGAGACCUGCAGUACAGCUGCCAACUCCCUGCAGGCGGAGCAGUGUGUCCGUGUCCUGUGUCCCAUCGUGCAGACGGCAGAGUAUCCCAUCAACCUCGCGGCUAUCAAGAUGCUGACAAAGGUUAGAUGUUCAAUACAAAAGUUCCUCAAACAAUUGGAUAGCUAUUGUGAGGCUCAGACAUCAAUGAAGCUGCUGAACCUGUACAUCAAGAGAGCAGAGGGCGGAUCCGCCAGCGCGGCUUCAUAG